AUGGGGACAACUACACCAAGCCCUGAAGAUCGAACUGCGGCUGUUGAGGUGAGGAUGGAGAAGAAGGGAGAGGUAGGGGUAACAAGCGCAGGUGUGAAAACGGAAGACACAGAUGUGAAAAUGACAGAGGGUGAAGAUUCAGAAUCUGGUCGAAAGUUUGUCGAUGAUAUUUCUGGUGUUGAAAUACCAGGAUACGUCGACAGCCCCAUUUUGGAGUUGGGAUUCGCUGGGAUGGUGCUGCACAUACGGCAAUCGAGAGAAUAUUCUUUGCAUAAUGAUGCGCUGGCAGUUAUUCGCGACUACAAGAAGAGACAAUCUCGGUUCAAACAGGAAAACAUUCGAUCAGCGGAAAAACUAUUUCUGCUCACGAAAUCAGAAGCUAGGAUGGCUCUGGAUGCGUCACUGCGGUCACACAAGAUCCACAACCGAUAUCCCAUACCUUUUCCGAGGGGUCUCGGUCGGGCGGUGCCUUUGGAUACAGGCGUGCCUUUCAGCAAAGAUGUAGUUUCUAUGGGACCUCCGUCGUUGGAAUCGUAUCUAAUUGGUCUGGGGUUAAGGCCCAAGCAUUUUGAGAGGGACCUGCCACCACUGAUGCCAACGCUGGACGCGAAGACUCGCCGACGUGUUGCGAUAUCUGCUAGAGAUGCAUCAUUCGAGCGGGCGACGGAGCAUCGGGAACGGGCGAGGCUUCUGCUUCGAAAUGCUUAUCGGCACGGAAAUAACGCGAACGCGCCUUCUAUGCUAUUUCGAGAAGGCAAAAGACGGCCUGCCGAGUGUGACAGCUGUUUCGCAACGAAUGGCAACGCAUUAGGCUCCAAGGCAAAAAGUCCAAGGUUGCCCGAACCGCUAAUUAAGCGAGAGCCUCCUCUAAUAGCUGCUCUUACUGCAGCUAAAGCACGAGUAGCUGAGCGGGCGAGCAACAAGGAGAAGAAGGAAGGAUGGUUUGACCCAAUCUGGAACUGCUGGCGCAUUGGUGAGGGGCCGUCUGUGCAGUGA